ACUCUCAUCUGGUUUGCCUUUGCUAACUAAUAGUGUGCCUUUUUAUUUUUGGAUUAUUUAGCGUUUAUUAAGUCAUUAAAAUUGUGGAUUGCAAAUUUUGCACCCUGGAAUAUUUUAAUAUAAAAUUACAAUGUCGGUAAUGGAAUUUUUGAAAGACUUGCCCUCGUACGACGUGCACAAUUUUACAUUAUUCAACACUGACCAUGGUAUAAGGAAUUGUUCGAAAAGACCUUCAAUAUAUCUUCCUACAAAGGAUAUUCCUUCUGAACAAAUCAUUGUAACAGAAAAAACAAACAUAUUAUUAAGAUAUCUACAUCAGCAAUGGGAGAAAAAGAAUAAUACUUCUCCAAAGAAACGUGAUCAAAGCCAUAUAGAACAAAAUGGCGAUGAAAGUCGACCACGUAAAAGGCCAUGUUUAAACUCACCUCUAAACUGAUAAUGUUCGAUCGGGGAAUCAUUUAAUUUGUGCUUCAAAUACAGACUUUAUGAACAAUGUGACAGUUUGGUAUUAACAUUUGUAAAUCACAUUUUUAGGUUAAAUUAUACAUUGAUUCUCGAAACACACUGGUUCUAUGUUUAUUGGGAAGUAAUCUAGACGAUUUGAGUGUCAAGUUGAAAAUGGAAUAUUAAAAUCAUAUGGAUAUAUUAUGAUGUACGAGUACUUCUCUGAUAAAUAAUAUUGUACAUGCUACAUUUUAAUUUUCAUUCCAUACUAUUUUAUAGUUAGAAUCAUUGUCUAUGAAGAAAUGACAUGUAUUACAUUGGAAAAUUAAUAUUGAAAUUGUUUUAUUUGUAAAGCUAAUGUAAGAGUUUAUGCAUACUAUUGAUGAAUAUGUGCACAGUAUUUGAAUGAGCAUGGUACACAAGGGGAUGUUUAUUUCCAAGUCAGGAAAUAGAAUGUUCAGAAAAAUAUUUGAUAAACAACUAAAAUGUAGAUUGUGAAAGCCAAUUUUUAUCAAACUACAUUACUAGUAUGGGUGAUGACUCUGUUUAUUCAUUUUAAGCUGUACAUAGUUUGGUGUUGUAUGCUUUAUGUCUUGUUUUAAGCUCAAACUAGAUUAUUUUUGGGAAACCUACACCUUGUUUAUUUCGAAACAAGUUCACAUAUUUAAACUUCUUGCUGACUAAUUUGAUACAUAUAAUAUUAUUACCACUUUUCUGUGUAGUAUUAAAAAAAGCAAGUAUUUUUGUCCUGUUUAAUUACUUUAGAGAUUGCAAGCAAUCUCAAAUCUGUACCAAUGACAUAUUUUGGAGUAAAUCUCAUCUCAGUGGAAAAUCA